UGUUUGGAUCAUCAGUCCGCGAAAAUGAUUCUGACUGCGCUUUAUUCUUUUGCGGAAAAACGUUGCAGGUGAACUGAUUCCAGAACAGAUUUUUCCGGGAGGAGGAUGGAUUGCCCCCAGUGCCGCAGGGAAUGUGGGCAGAAUGACAAGGUCUGCAGUGAAUGUGGCUACAAACUGUGCUCUGCUAACACACCUCUCACAGGUUCUAACCGACACACCCACUCAAAGAGGCGGAGCCACACUGACAAUCGUCUUCUGAGGUGUUGCCGUGCUUUCAUUUGCUGCCAGUGCACAGCACAAGAUGAGGAAGAGGGAAUCAAAGGUGCUGAGGAUAAGACUAAGGAAACUGAAGACUCAAAGGAGAGUGUGAGCGUAUCUAAAGAUGAAACCGUCAGUACAGACUCUGACCAACAAGAAGGGCCUGAGCACCCAAUCAGUGAGAGCCAAGCCCACUCUGAUAACCACACCCACAAUGAUAACCAAACCCACCCCAGGGGCCAAAGCCACACCCACUCUGAUGACCACACCCACUCCAAGAGCCUUGGCCACCCUGACACUGGCUCUCCUGAAGAUGAGGCAGAGGAAACUGAAGACUCAAAGGAGAGUGUGCGUGUGUCUAAAGGCGAGACCAUCAGUAAAGUCUCUCACGCCAUGUCUUCACCAAGAAGAACAUCUGGAGCUUCCCUCCAGGGAGAGGACCUCGCUGAUCCUCCACACACAGUUCUGAGAUCCUCACAGUCUGUCUCCAUUACGGCUCAGCACGGAGGCCAUGCGGUGGCGCCUCAUUUUGACAGAUGUAAAGUUCUGCGUGAUUUUAUUGUAAAUAUAAACAGCCCUGAUGUCAAAGACUGUGACCAACAGGAACGGCACCCAAUCAGCAAGAGCCACACCCACUCUGACAACCACACCCACUGUUGUGACCACACCCACUCCCAGAGCCAGGGCCAGUCUGACACUGGCCUUCCCAAAGCUGAGACAGAGGAAACUUUGAAAGAGCAGAAAGAAAAGGACAAAUCACAGACAAGUCUGUUGAAAUCAGAGAACCAGCAGAGAGACACAACACCUGCUGAGCACAUCACACCUGACACACCUGCCCCAGGUUCUAACCGACACACCCACUCAAAGAGGCGGAGCCACGCUGACAAUCGUCUUCUGAGGUGUUGCCGUGCUUUCAUUUGCUGCCAGUGCACAGCACAAGAUGAGGAAGAGAGAAGUCUGUUGGAAUCUGAGAACGAGCAGACAGACACAACACCUGCUGAGCACAUCCCACCUGGCACACCUGCCACAGAUUCUGAGUAUCAGGAGGAGACCACAGACAACAGAUCCAGUCUGGGCCCAGAACCAGCACCAGAGGACCCAUCCUCAUGCCUGGCCCAGUCCCAGCCCUCCUCUGCAGACCCAGCUAAGUCAGACGCAAAGAGUGGUUUAGCGGAUACUGAUGACAUGGAUGGGACUUUGAGUAAACACACCAAACACACUGUGUGUACUGCACAUGAGGAGAUGGAGGAAACUUUGAAAGAGCAGAAAGAAAAGUACGAAUCACAGACAAGUCUGUUGGAGUCUGAGAACCAGCAGAGAGACACAACACCUGCUGAGCACCUCACACCUGGGACACCUGCCCCAGGUUCUAACCGACACACCCACUCAAAGAGGCGGAGCCACACUGACAAUCAUCUUCUGAGGUGUUGCCGUGCUUUCAUUUGCUGCCAGUGCACAGCACAAGAUGAGGAAGAGGGAAUCAAAGGUGCUGAGGAUAAGACUAAGGAAACUGAAGACUCAAAGGAGAGUGUGAGCGUAACUAAAGAUGAAACCGUCAGUACAGACUCUGACCAACAAGAAGGGCCUGAGCACCCAAUCAGUGAGAGCCAAGUCUACUCUGAUAACCACACCCACAAUGAUAACCAAACCCACUCCAAGAGCCAAAGCCACAGCCACUCUGAUGACCACACCCACUCCAAGAGCCUUGGCCACCCUGACGCUGGCUCUCCUGAAGAUGAGGCAGAGGAAACUGAAGACUCAAAGGAGAGUGUGAGUAUGUCUAAAGGCGAGACCAUCAGUAAAGUCUCCCACGCCAUGCCCUCACCAAGAAGAACAUCUGGAGCUUCCCUCCCGGGAGGGGACCUCGCUGAUCACCCACACACAGUUCUGAGAUCCUCAAAAUCUAUCUCCAUUACGGCUCAGCACGGAAGCCAUGCAGUGGCGCCUCAGUUUGAGGGAUGUUAUGUUAUGGGUGAUUUUACUGUAAAUAUACACAAAGGCCCUGAUGUCAAAGACUGUGACCAACAGAAAGGGCACCCAAUCAGCAAGAGCCACACCCACUCUGACAACCACACCCACUGUGGUGACCACACCCACUCAAAGAGCCAGGGCCAGUCUGACACUGGCCUUCCCAAGGCUGAGACAGAGGAAACUUUGAAAGAGCAGAAAGAAAAGGACAAAUCACAGACAAGUCUGUUGAAAUCAGAGAACCAGCAGAGAGACACAACACCUGCUGAGCACAUCACACCUGACACACCUGCCCCAGAUUCUAAGUAUCAGGAGGAGACCACAGACAACAGAUCCAGUCUGGGCCCAGAACCAGCACCAGAGGACCCAUCCUCAUGCCUGGCCCAGUCCCAGCCCUCCUCUGCAGACCCAGCUAAGUCAGACGCAAAGAGUGGUUUAGCAGAUACUGAUGACGUGGAUGGGACUUUGAGUAAAGACACCAAAGACACUGUGUGUACUACAAAGCAGGUGAAGAAGGAAACUCUGAAAGAGCAGAAAGAAAAGGACAAAUCACAGACAAGUCUGUUGAAAUCAGAGAACCAGCAGAGAGACACAACACCUGCUGAGCACAUCACACCUGACACACCUGCCCCAGGUACAAAGGAACUGGUUUUAAAAUCCUUUAAAAAAAUAAUUUCAGUUGUAAUCUAAAUUUGACUUGGGGUGGAUGAUAUGGGUUGUCGACCCUUCCUUCAUACCAGGUAGUGUGACU